AUGCAGCGCGAGCCCCCGAGGCGGAUGGGCGGGCGGGCCGAGACGCGCCUGUUGGACGUGUCGUCCUUCGCCAAGGACCUGCUAGCCGGCGGCGUGGCGGCCGCUGUGUCUAAGACGGCCGUGGCGCCCAUCGAGCGUGUGAAGCUGCUGCUCCAGGUGCAGGCGUCGUCCAAGCAGAUCCUGCCCGAGCAGCAGUACAAGGGCAUGGUGGACUGCCUGGUGCGCAUCCCGCGCGAGCAGGGUUUCUUCAGUUACUGGCGUGGCAAUUUGGCAAAUGUUAUUCGAUAUUUUCCUACACAAGCUUUAAACUUUGCCUUUAAGGACAAAUACAAACAAAUUUUUAUGUCUGGAGUUAAUAAAGAAAAACAGUUCUGGCGGUGGUUUCUGGCCAACCUGGCUUCCGGUGGCGCUGCUGGAGCAACCUCCUUGUGUGUGGUUUAUCCUCUGGAUUUUGCCCGGACCCGACUAGGUGCCGACAUCGGAAAAGGACCUGAGGAACGACAAUUCAGGGGUCUUGGUGACUGCAUCAUGAAAAUCGCAAAAUCUGAUGGCAUCGGAGGCCUGUACCGAGGGUUCGGGGUCUCAGUUCAGGGCAUUGUCGUGUAUCGAGCCUCUUACUUUGGAGCUUAUGACACAAUCAAGGGCUUACUACCCAAACCAAAGAAAACCCCGUUUCUGGUCUCCUUUUUUAUUGCUCAAGUCGUGACCACGUGCUCCGGGAUACUCUCUUACCCCUUUGACACUGUGAGAAGACGCAUGAUGAUGCAGAGUGGGGAGGCAGAGCGGCAGUACAGAGGCACCCUGGACUGCUUCGUGAAGAUCCAUCAACAGGAGGGCCUCGGCGCCUUUUUCCGGGGGGCCUUCUCCAAUGUCCUUCGUGGGACAGGAGGGGCUUUGGUACUAGUGCUAUAUGAUAAAAUAAAAGAAUUCCUGAAUAUUGAUAUUGGGGGUGGUCCAUCAGGAGAAUAAGUUGAAAAAUGAUUACAUUUAACUUGUA